AUGGUCCCGAAAGGCGCCCAACAGUUCCACAACCGUUUGCAGGCUCCGACGACAAGCAUUCCAUCAGACGUGGAUGUGCAAAGACCUUUGGAAUCUAGUGCGGUUAUUCUUGAAGGAAAGGAGUAUUAUCGGGAUGCAUUGGGAACCAUUUGGAAUUUCACAGCCGCUGGUGAGUGGGAGUGGGUUGAUGAGAAUCGAAUUCCAGUUGGAGCGGUGAUCUUUAACAUGGCGGAGUUAGAGGAGGGGAGCUUUGCAAGGGAUCGCGCGCUAGCUGCUCAUGAAGUCGUGGGUGCAUCUACUCCUGGUUUGAUGGUGCCACCAAAGAUCUCUAGCUCGGUGGAGGGGCAGGGGAUCCUGAGUGGCGCGAUACCGUCAGCAGCGAGGGUGGAUGUGCCACACAGGAACGCCAGCUCUUCAAUCGGGCCAGAGGUCUUUGAGGGCCCCGGGAUUCUCGGGGUUCGGGUGGGAGUGGUGCUAGGGGUUCGGUUGCGGACAAUGCUCCAACCUUUGGUCAAUCACCCGGACGUCCUGCUCCUGCAACUUCGGUGUCUCGGGAUCACACAUCCAGUGAAGCAGCGGCUGGGUCCGUCGUCUUCUAUUCCGCAGGUGGCGAGUGGGAUGGGGCAUACCGUGGAGCGUCCAGAGGUGCUGGGCAAACGUGUCAUGUCGUUGCCAACUCUAUCGGAAUACAGCGCAUCAAAUCCUACAGCUUUGGGUGAUUGGUUGGCGAUUGUCAAGCCUACACUUUCUAGUUUGACAGAUUCGGGCCAUGUGUGGUGGGACUACACCUUUGAUCGAGCUUCGCGCGCGUACACUAAGUGGCUCUCGGUGUCACCAUUAGAGCGGCUUGGCAUCCAGGCGGAGUUAGAGAUGUAUGGUACGCACAUGCCACAGCACAUCUUAUUGGAACAACGGGCUUCAAUUCUCUUGCUCCAGGCGAUUCCUGAAGUUGUAAAGACAGAUAUUGUAGCCACAAGACGGAUGUCCCCUUCCCAGCACAAUGUUGCAUUAUCUGGUGUCACCUACCUCGGCUACUUCAGUGCAGGAGGCGAUCAAGGGAGUCAGACAGUGGGUGCAAUGGAGGCCAUUGUGGGGCAGAAUUUGGGGUUGUUGGAUACCUGCGCUUCUCAUGCUAUUCGGACGCUGAGGGCAGGCGAACCUGUCCCAACAGAUUCUGUUGAAGUUGCAUUGGCCACUGGUUGCGCGCACAUGCUUAUCAAUUCGGUGGGAACAUUGGUUACUCGUGAAACUGUUUGCCCUGUAGUUCCUUUUCAUCUUGCUCAUUCGCAUCUUCAUGUGGACUUUGAUGUGAUUGACGGUCGGUGCACGGUUGUACAUCCUCAGAAGGGUGACUUGAAAGCCCAAGUCCUUGAUGGCCGCAUUGUGAUCGAUCGCCAGGUGGCUUUAGACAUGAUUGCGGACUUGGAAACGGCGUUGGGGGAUGCAGCAGCUAGGGGGGGGUCAGGGUCUUCAAUUGGGUCUUCAAUUGACGACCUUCUGCAAGGAACUGCUGCUUCUAAGGCUAUCGCUGGAUCUGAAGAGGACGUGGUAUCUGGUUUUCUCAAUGUUGCUCGGGUGGAUGGGGUCCAUGGCCGUACACAAGGUGUGGGUUUGCUUGAUUCUGGGGCUUCGCAUCCUUUGAGAUCCUUGCGUCCGGGGGAGCCUUUACCAACAAAAAGGGUGACUGUGGCUUUGGCUUUGGGCAAGAAGGAAAUGAUGCUCACGGAUGGUGGUACUCUAGUUACAAGCGAGCGGGUGGAUCCUUUGGUUCCGAUUGGCAAGGCUAGCGAAUUGGUUGGUCUUCAGGUUCGUUGGCGCAAAGGAAAGUGUACGGCUACGCAUCCAAAACUGGGCCCUCUGGAAGUUGAGACGGUCAAUGGUUGUCCUUGCAUUGCUGAGGCGGUUGCUCUACGAAUCAUUGAUGAAAUGGAGCAAAAGGGGGUUGCUCACAUGUUGCAGUCUGUACGUGCGCUUCAAGGGUGUCCAUCUGCAGACACGGAACAUUCAGUACGUGAGUGUCUUCAUGGUGCUAUGCGUAGUGGAAAUCAAGAUGACUUUAUUCAGGCAUGCUGGCGUUGGUUGCGUUGGUACUAUCCUGAUGUCCCGGAAUCGAUGCUUGUGGAUCUUCUUCCUGCCUCGGGAGUGGGGGAGUUGCUUUACAAUCGUCACAAAAGACGGCGAUUAAAGAAAACCAGACGCGUCAUCGUUCAUCUGCACUCAGGCGGUCCGCGAUUGCACUUACCAAGUAGUUGUGGCGAAGUUCUAGAAGUGGAUUUUCGUACUGACCUUCAUUCUUCUUCCGUGUGGACGUACAUCCUCUCGCUGGCAAUUGAGGGCAAGGUCGUUGCAGUGGUAGGUGGCCCGCCAUGUGAGACUGUGGCUCAGUUCAGGGGUGUUGAGGACGGUGGACCACCAGUGCUACGAGGGAGGUGUGAUGAGGGGCGUUUCUGGAAGGAUGGGCUCAGCUAUUCAAGUGAGGAACUGGCUAAGAAAGACGGCCUACUGUUUUUGAAGGUGCUAUUCCUGUUUGAGACAGCUGUUCAGGCACGACAAGCUUUGUCAUUGGAGCAAUCCUCUUCGGUACAUGCUGGUGUGUUUUUCGCAUUGGAGAGUCCGCAAGAUCCAGAAUUGGUGGGGCAAAAGUUUUCUCAGAUUGGUUGUUCAGUUAUGUGCAGGGAAGAUGUUGCAGAAGAAGGUCAACCCAGCCUAGCUUCUCCAACAUUUUUCGCAUGGCCAGAGGUGCGAUCUUUCAGGACACGGUACAACCUUCUUGCAGCACAUUGUGAUCAGGGUGCUUUGGGUCAUUAUAUGGUCAAGCCAACGACGGUUCUUACUUCCGAUUUUCAGUUGUGGGAGUCUCUAGAGCAGGUUCAUGUGCGCGUCCCAUGGGUGGUGUCAGUACCCGAGGAGGCUAGUCAACGGUUGGCUAUGUCUAGGUCGUGGUCCUUGUGGGCUCCGGGGCUUACAGCGCGGAUCAAGCGAUGUUUGCGGGCGUGGUUGGCACACUCAUCUUUCGUGGAGCAUCAAGCUGUUUCUGAGGAGAGGGCGGUACACCUGGCCAAACUCACAGCUGAGGAAUCUGAGUAUCGAGAUCAUUGCUUGCGGGGUCACAUACCUUUCCGUAAAGACUGUGAGGUCUGCGUUCGGGCUGCAGGUAAAGAUCGGCGUCACCUUCGACAAAAGUAUGGCAGCGCUUAUACUCUUUCAUUGGAUUUGGGUGGUCCUUGGCAGGAGGCUAAAGAUCUGUAUCAAACGCAGCGUCAUGUGUUGAUUGGUACGUAUCAGUUUCCUUUGUUGGAUAAACCGGCUACUGAAGAGGGUUUCCCUAUUCCUGACGAUGUGGUGGGAGCGCAUGAAGAAGGUGAUGGUGCGGAUGAUGUGUCUUUAGAGCCUGAAGACGGGGAUAUUGUGACUCCUGACGAGCGUUUGGAGGCUUCGGAGGUUGAGGUCAAAAAGGUUAUCGAGUCAGAAGAGGCUUGGCGUGCUUUGAAGGAUCAUGCCACUAAACCAGUGCGCAUGAUUAACUUCAUGAUUGCCGAACCUCUCAAAAGCAAAAAACACAGAUCGGAAGUUUUAGCCGCUACACAGCGUAUCUUGGUCAAGCUUCAACAUCAAGGUUAUCCAGUUCUGCGGCUUCAUACAGACCGCGGCGGUGAAUUCGUGAAUCAGUCUUUCCGUACAUUCUGUGAGGCUCGACAGAUUUUUCGUACUACCGGGGACCCCGGAUCACCACAGAGUAACGGUCGCAGUGAAGCUACGGUUGGGGUGUUCAAAAAAGGCGUCCGCGCACUGCUAAAGCAGGCCAAUCUGGAUUCAUCUUAUUGGGCACGUGCCGCUGUUCAUUGGUCAGCUCUUCGACGGCGAGGGGCUGAACAACAGCUGGGAUUGAAGCCUCGUGAUAUUCUUCCAUUUGGUGCUCGGGUUCAUGUGCGUCGAAGGGCUUGGGAACUUCGUGAUCCGAGUGGUUCUAAGAAAGGGCGUCAGUGGUUGGAUCGGACACAGCCGGCUUUACUGUUAGGUCCAUGCACAGAGGUUUCUGGAGGCUACAUCGUUGAAGCUAGGGGCGCUAAAGAUGAUCCUGACAAGCUGGUUAUGUUUCCAACUACGGUGGUCUAUGACAAGGUGGAACAUAAGUCGUCGGUUCCGGAGUGUGAUGCCGAGUUUACUGAGGAACUUCCAGCGCCUCCUAAGCAUCGGAUGCGUUUCAAAGGGGUGGCUCGUACCAUGCGGGUUCCGGGGGAGACGGAUGCUGAGGUCCUUCCAGCGUUGAGGCGUUUCAUACCAGAUGGGUCGCUUCGUUCACUAUGCUGCACGAACCGGGGGGAGGGUCCAGUUGCUUGCGAGGUUUUGCAGGAAGAUUUGGAGGUGGAAAUCCCGUCGGGUGACAGUCCGCGUGCGUGCAUUGCAAAACCCUGUUACACUGAUGACAUCGCAAAAAGUGAGGAGUUAGCGCGUGAGUGGUUGGAGCAGAAGAAGUUUUCACCACAAGAGUGUUUGGAACUUUUGGAGUCUGUGGGGUUGGAUUUUCGUGCGAAUCGGAGAGGCGACAUUCACUGCAAUGAGGAUCGCAUUCAAGCUGUGACUUUGGGACAGUAUGUUCGUGGACAUAUGUGCGGCGUGACCAAUGCUGCAAAACAUAGGCCCAUGUUCGUCAAGUACUUGGUGAGCUUUGUUCGCGAACACAAUCCAGAUGUGGUAUUCUCAGCGGUUUAUCUUUCGUGUAACACUGCCGUGGGAGUCCAUAUAGAGAUCGUCACAACGAUUACUCGUGCAACAAUGUCAUCUGUGCUCUUGGCGAGUUUACGGGUGGAGAAUUGUGGGUGCAAGAUGAUGGUAUCUCUAGGGAGGAUCAAUCUGCAGUGGCACAUGGUCCUCAACCGUGGAGCGGCACCAGAUGGACUAUCACAGCAUUCACGCCUCGAGGAAGUGAUCAACUUUGUGAUGUGGAUCGGAGUUUUCUCUUGGACAUCGGCUUUCCAAUGCGCGUUGAUUGCGGAUCAAGAGCAGUACUUGAUUGCCGAAGUGUCGUUGCCAGAGGUGUUUGAAGGUAGUGCUACGUCAGAGUGGCUGCAACACUCUCGCGAAAUCGAACGACAGUUGGAGCAGUCUUUGCAGCAUGCAGGUUCGUUGUUAAAGAUGCAACAAGAGACGAUUGCACAGGAGGCUGGGGACAAUGAGGAGUUUCUUCAAACUCGCACAAUUCCUACCACAACAGCCAUGCAGGAGCUGGAGGAUUGGAGAGAAGCAUUGUCAGAUGAGGUUAACAAUCUCAUCACGGAGCUGCAGGUCGUAGAACGGACUACGGAGCAACAACUUGCGGAGAUGGCGUGUCAAGUGAGGCAAGCCGCGGAGGAAGAGUGGUUUCUAGCUGGUCUAGAUAUAUCCAAGGCUUUUCUGACAGCACCAAUGAGCCAAGUUCAGCGGCAGGGUCGGCUAAUCAUUGUGCAACCGCCUAAAGCAGCGGUGAAGCUUGGACUUGCUUCGCCAUCCGAGCGGUGGGUGGUGCGAAAAGCUUUGUACGGCUUGGCGGAAAGCCCAGCUGCGUGGGUGGAGUGGAGAGACACGAGGCUUUUACAGAUGCGUUGGCAGACGGAUGGUUUGGACAUGAGGUUCAAAAAGUCAGAGGUUGAUCCCAGCUUGUACCUGCUCAUCGCGACGGACUCCGACGGCAAAGAGAGUGUCAAAGGCACUUUGGGACUAUACGUUGACGACUUUUUGUUAGCCGGGAGUAUGUCCAUAAUCACAGAUGCCAUCCAACAGAUUCGCGCUGAAUGGAAAACUUCUGAACCAGAGUUCUGCGGAAGAGGUCAUGACGACAAACCGUUGAAGUUUCUGGGUAUCCAAAUCUUUUGGAAUGAUGGCGCGUACUACUUGAACCAGGAGGACUUUGUCAGGGACCUGUUGCAACGACGGGGGUUUAAAGCAGAUGCAGGCGGCAUUGGUGGUGCUGGGCCAAUGAGCAAGGAGGCGCCGCCUGACGAGCCGGAGGAAGUGUCUGUUGAGGCGCUACGAAAAGCACAGGCAGCCGUAGGAGAGCUGUUAUGGCUGGCAUUGAAGUCUAGAGCAGAUCUGGCUUUUUGCACAAGCCAGCUUUCUGUGUGGUGUACUCGCUAUCCGAGUUUUGUUGCAAGAAAGGCAGAUGAAGUGUUUCAUUACUUGAGUAGGACGGUCACACUGGGCCUAAAGUAUUCGAAGGUGGAUCCUAUGUCUUUGGGUGGUGAUUCACAGCUUCGUUUCAAAAGGAGUGUCACAGUCUUGGAAGCUUAUACGGACGCAUCGUUUGCUGCGGGAUGUGAAGGUGAAGAAACGGCGAGAUCACACAGUGGAGCUGUGGUCGUAUGGGCCGACAGCCCAGUCAUGUGGAUGACGCAGCGCCAAACCACGAUAGUACUGAGCACAGCGGAAGCUGAGCUCAACGCUGCCCAGGAAGGAACAACUAUGCUACAAUCUGUCGCGCCUAUCGUUUCUAUGCUUUUGGGGAUCAAUGAAGAUGGCCUUUCCAAAGCGCUAUACAUUGAUUCCGUUUCCGCAUGCUCGAUCAUUUCAGUUGUCGCUGGUGCAUGGCGAACACGUCACUUGCGAAUCCGAGCAGCCGGUUUGCGGUCUUUGCUAAACAGUGGGUACCUGGUGGUGGCACACUUGAAAGGUGAGCACAUGCUAGCUGAUAUGCUGACCAAGUUGAUGAACGGAGCAAUCUUUGUCAACCUCAAGCAGAUGUGGCAGAUGACGACUGCUCCUAGCACGCAUUUGGUUUCUGAUGCAGCACGUGCAGCGGCCGCCGCCGUGGCCAUCCUCGUGGCUACUAUGUUGCAAGGCUACGAACUGGUGCAAGCAACUUCUUCGACUUCUUCGAUGACUACGUCUUCAACAACGCGAUGGUUUGAUCGAGCGGAUAUCGGAUUUCUUCUGGUAUUGGUUUUCGUCAUGGUCGCAGUCCACAAGGUCGUUUCGGCGGUGUUUCGAAGUGGCAUGAUCCGCAGUUGGUGGUGA